GGAAAAUUUUAUUAUAAACUUCAUUUAAGAAAGCUAUUAUACCCACUUGAAGCGAGCUUCAAUUCUGCUGCUCUUCUCCAUCGUCUUCUUGUUGAAGCAGAAUGGGAUCAGAAGACAAGUACCGAUCAUUCAUCUACGGAGAUGGAGAGAAGAAUACACAGUGGAGAUUCGGCUCCCCUCCUAACUAUGAUGUCGUCAACAAGCUCUUUGAAGAAGGCCGCACACAUGAAUGGGCGAAGGGAUCUUCAGAGGAAAAGGUGCAGCGGCUGGUAAAGACAUUUGAGAUGGAGAUCUUCCAUAAGUCCAAUCCCGAGGACUACAAAAUUAUCAACUCCACCAAGUUUCGCUUCAGCUUAAACGGAGGGAAGGAACUGACAAUUCAGGAGAUUGGAAAGAUGGGAGGAGGCUACAAUGCUUUCUUGCAAACAAAACUUCCGAAGGAACUCCGAAUAUAUGAUCCAAAGCAAGAAACAUUUUCAACAUCUCAUGAAUUAUUCACUACUGUGUUUCCUCGUGGGUUCGCAUUGGAGAUACUGGAGGUGUUAAGUGGACCUCCUCGGAUUGUGUACAAAUUCAGGCACUGGGGCUUCAUGGAAGGCCCUUUCAAAGGGCACGCCCCUACUGGCGAGAAGGUGGAGGUUUAUGGGAUGUCCAUUUUUCAUGUUGAUGAGGAGAUGAGGGUUGAGAAGGUAGAAUUCUUCCAUGAUCCGAGCCAAUUACUCUCAGGAUUUCUUAAAGGACCAUUGACAGAAAGCUCAGUGAGCACUGCAUCUGCAAGUUGCCCUUUUUUGAGUGCAGGAGGAGCACAUUAAUAUUAUCUUCUACCCAAAUCUAUUUUCGUCAUUUGAACUGGUUCAAGAAUAAUUUUCAUAUCGAAGCCAUAUUGAAUAGUUAAUUAUUUUCAUCAUUCUGCUGUAAUGGAUUAUGGCUUAUGUUUAUGUGUUAUCAGAGUUAUGCUGUUUCCAUUAUUUAUCUUUGUGAUGUUUGCUA